AUGGCUCGCCGCAGUCCCAUCCAGCUCCAUCCCCUUGCGCUCUGUAUUUUCUGCGCAUCCGUUCUUCCAAUAGUGGCCUUGACCGCUAGCGUGCCUCUGGAGAACUACCGCAAUGGUUUUCGGACCGAGAACGUACGGGAGGCGCGGAGAGUACCUGGCCAUCAAUAUGAGACCGAACUCUUCAAGGAGCCGUUUUAUGCUAAUGCGAACGGAUCACUGAGAGUGUUCCACCCGAGAAAACUGGCCGUUAUCGGGGGCGGCAUUGCCGGUGUAUCUAUCGCACAUGCCUUCAGCAACGAAGACGGUGCUCCACCAGAAGUAACCAUCUUUGAGCGCGAGCCGCGUCUCGGUGGGCGAAUCCACACUGUCUCCCUUUACGACGAAAAUGAUCUCUUCAUCGAGACCGGUGGGGACACAUUCUCUCCGCUUCACCGUAUAACCGAACAGGCUCGUGAUGUGGGAGUUGAAGUUCAAGAUGCCUAUCUGGGCAAGAAUCCUCUGUCCCUCGUUAGUAUAUGGGAUGGGCAGAAUUUCACACUCAGUGAGAAAGACGAGGCCCGGGAGAACUAUAUGGCCCUGCCAAACUAUCUGGCCCUAAGGGACUAUCUCUCACUAAGUGAGACGGACGAGGUCCGCGUGAACUUUGAGACCCUGUCGGACUAUCAGAACCAGCCGAAUUAUCUACCGUGGAAUCUCGACGGAGUCGAAGAUAACACAGACCUCGAAGUCCAUUUAAAAUGGCAUAUGCGGAAGGGGUCGUGGCCUCACCUAGGUCCUGAUAAGGAUGUUCUGCGUCAAUUUGCCCAGUCCUGGGGAUUCCCUGCGGAGCCGCAGGAAGAAUUACUCGCCUCCAACCAGCGAUUCCUAAGACGAAUGGUGCGAAUAGCAGACUCCAAGUUGAAUCUCAACUCGACCGUGACGCGAAUUCAACGACAUGAAGAUCUCACCUUUGAUGUGCAUUGGUUGCAUGAGGGCUCAACGCAUGUCGAAAGCUUCGACGCUGUGGUCAUCGCAGCUCCUUUCCACCAGACAAAGAUCGAGAUCGAUCCUCCGCUGCCAGCCGCAGCUAUUCCAGACGAAGUCGCGUACAAGUCACUUCAUGUCACGCACUUCAUAUCCCGACGAGGCUUGGAUACGGCCACAUUCAAUCUCUCCUCUCAUGGGACAGUUCCUGAUAAAAUCUGGCAUUUCGAACCCCAGGAUCCGCAACGAGCUCUCUCUUCUUCUGCUCCACCCUUCGUGUCCCUCAGCCGAGCUGACAGUUACUACAUGCAUGGCUGCAUGCCGAGGAGUGAAAAUCUCUACCAAGUCGUCUCCGAGCAGCCAUUUUCCGACGAUGACAUCGCAACACUGUUAAGCCAGAAUGGAAUCGCGCGGGAGGACAUCAUAUUCCCAGAUCAGACCUGCUACCCUGUGAAAAUGCAUUCUCUGUUAGCUGCGUUGCCGCUUGAUAUGCGCGACGAGUUCGCCGCCAAGCUCGCUGAAAUCGAAUCUGCAUCCGAGGAGCCAAUUGUAGGACACCUUGGUGAGUUGUUGGGCUGCGUAGAGGAUGAUCCUGAUGUGCGGUGGCUUCAUCGGCAGCCCUGGCCGAAUGCCGUGCCUAUCAUAGAUCAAGCAUACAAUCCGGGACGUCGUGAGAUGGCACCAAGAUUGUUUUAUGUCUCUGGGUUUGAGGGAGUGGAGGGGGCUUCCAUUGCGGGAAGCGUUGACAACGCGAUGAAAGUGAAGGAUCGCUUGUUCUAUGAUUACAUGUUUGACUAG